UUAUUUUUUGCUUUCCUUCAUUCCAUGCAUACAUAGUUUUCAAAAAUUCCUUUAAGACAAUUUGUUCUAGCUGGUUGCAGAUGAUUGCUCAAAACAAAAGCAAGUCCUUGCAGUUGCGUGAGAAGGAUAUCGAAAGUGUAUCUAAGAAGCUAUUAAGAAGUGCUCAAAUGCUAUUUCCACGGCAACUUAACGAUCCAAACAUCGUUUGACCAUCCAGAAGUGUCGGAGAUAUAGAUCUAUAUCAAGAAAAUUGCAGCACCAGAAUACAGCUGUAGCUUAAAGUCAACGAAUUAAAAACAAGUGGUCUAGCUACUAGAAAAGGUGAUCCAUAAUGGCAGAAGCACCAUCGCCACAAGUUGAAAAAGCAGAACAGGGUAUUGUCAAAGAGGAUCUCUGUGAUGCAGGUUUUGGUGGUAACUUUGAGAUCAUUAUCGACGGCGCAAUUAUUAACGAGCGGUCAUCAGACAGAGAAAAUCUUGGCGCAUCAUACGAAAUAUGCAAGAAAAUUGAUCAGGCUAUUAUAAAAGUCCUGGGUGGCAUAAGAAAGGAUCACCAUUUUGGGGAAAUUCAAAUGGGAUGUCUUCUUGUCCUACUGCAUUGUUUUACGGACGAAAAAUUUUCCCAGGUUUUCGAAGAUAUUACAUCAGGAGAAAUGAAGGAAAAAUUACGGCUGGAACUUUUAAAUAAUGGAAUUAGAACAGAAAGAUUGGUGGUUAAUAUUAGAAAUAGGGAAGAAGUUGAAACAACGAACGCAGCUAUACAGAGGCGAUUAGAGAAAAAAGAAAAUCAGGAGCCAGCAGACGGAGGGACUGCCUCGAGAUCAGAAUUCAUUCCACAGAUCAUUGUCCAGGGUGGAGCGUAUUCUCAGAAACCUCAUCAUAUGUGUAUUAGUAUUAAAGACAACGAGUAUCUAGAAAUAAUAAAGGACUCGGCAAAAGCAGGGAAUAACAUUUUACAGAACAACGGGACGGCGAUUGAUGCGGUAGAGGCAGCAGUUCGUAUUUUGGAAGACAGCGAAUAUUUUAAUACUGGUUGCGGAUCAUUAUUGACCAACGAUGGUGAAGUUGAAUGUGACGCUAUGAUCAUGGAUGGAAACACGUUAAACACUGGAGCAGUGAUAUCUGGACGCCAUUUCAAAAAUCCAGUUUCACUCGCCAAACUAAUCAUGAGUGAUACCGACCAUUGUGCCCUAAGUGGUGAAGGAGCGCUGAAAUUUGCUGUAGAGAAAGGAUUUCCCAUUUUUGAUCAGCCUCAAAUGAUCGCCGAUCAUGUAAAAGAAUUAAAAAUUCCAUAUUCGAAACUUCGUGAUUAUAUUCGCAACCGCUAUAAAGGACUUCCUUCACAGCCCAGUGAUACCGUGUCGGCUAUUGCUAUGGAUGAAAAUGGUCAUUUGGCUUGCGCGACGUCAACAGGUGGUGUACCGGGAAGAUUGUCUGGUCGUGUCAGUGAUGCAUCGCUGGUGGGCUGUGGUGGUUACGCAAAUAAUCGCGGAGCAGCAACCACAUCUGGACUAGGAGAAUCUUUGAUGAAAAUGAAUCUAGCGAGAGAGGUCGUGUACCUGAUGGAAGGUGGAAUGAAUGCUCAGGAUUCUGCAAAAAAAGCUUUGGAAAACAUGAAGAAACAAUUGAAAGACGUAGGUGGUGUUGUUGCGAUUGACAAAAAAGGAAAUUUUGGAUUGUAUUUUACUACUGAAAUGAUGGGUUGGGCAAGCAUCAAAUUUAAUGAAAUGAAAUUUGGCUUGAAAAAAGACGAGAAUUUUGAAGAAACUAUAUGAUAUUUUCAAAGUUCUGGCGUAACCUUUUUUAACUGAAGACGUUCCGUUUUUUAGUUUUUAAGAGAACUAAAAGUGCGUGAAUAAGAGCAUGUAGUGAUUUGUUUGUUGCUUUGACAUAGCUAGAAGAACAAUUCAUGUAAUUGUUAUAUUUGGUAGGUUUACUAAUUUGUAGUAACUUUUAGACUUGUGACACACGUGCAGCGUGGUAUCAAGUUUUUACCAAAACGUUUCCCAUCUUUACAUCAUUGUCUAUGUUCUUACCAUUUUAUUUGUUUAAAACUGUAUUUAAAUAAUAAACGAUAAUACGAAGCUGGAGAUCGGUUACAUUAGAGAAGAUGACAAUUCGGAUAAGUGUUUUCACGGAUAAUGGCUCCUUGCUGCAGUUACGUCAGUGUAGACAGCAAAAUUUUAACCUUUAACGUAAAUAAUUAAUAAUGCAGUUUUACUGAAGCAAGAACGCUGAUAGACGUGUGCUGCCAUAGGCGUUUUAUCUCGCCCAAAUUAUCAUAAUUUUAAAUUUUUAGAAAUUUUUAAAUUUUUUGUUGUCUCCGAGUAGAUUGUUUU